AUUAAUUGGUUUAGAUUCUUAGCUCCGUAGUUACAAAUCGAAAGAAGAAAACACUCAGAUUCGAUUCUGAAACUUCAAGGUUCAUUCAUGUAAAAACCACCAAUCUCGCCCCAAUCACACUUCCUUCCUCCCUCCGACCCUUUUCUCUUAACUCUCUCUCUCUCUCUCUCUCUCUCUCUCUCUCUCUCUCUGUGCCCACUCACAUACACUACUUCUAGUACAAUACAACACCCCACUUUCUCUUAUCCUUGCGGCGUGUUUUCCAAAGUCCCUCUAUUUUUAUUUCUCUCCUCAACCCCUUUAUACUUUUUUCUUCUAUUGCUCCCUUUCCAAUUGUAAUAUUCUGUUUCUUAACUCAUCAGCUUCAUCAACAAAAUGCUCUCUGUGAGGGAUUUUUGGAGGCGGCAUAGGAGGAAGAUUUUCCUCUCCGUUGGUGUUUUUGGAGGUGGCUAUUGUUUGUAUAAGCUUUAUGGUGCUCAUCGACAAAGGCUCUAUGCACUUGAGAGGGAACUUGAAGUUCAGAGGGAAACUGAGGAGUUUAUGAAGGCUCAGAUGCAAAAUCACUUCGAGAAUAUUCAGAGAAUUUCUGAUACAAUAACAUUGCCUCAUACUAUGCACAACUUAAGUUGCCGGAUAGCUGAAGAGUUGGAUCUUUCUCACCUUCUUGAGAGGCUAAUACAAGGAAAGGGUCAGCCCAACACUUUAACACAAUCAGAGAAACUAAAUUUGUGGGGUAGACUCAAAAUUCUAAGUUUCACAAGAAUGGCAUUGUCAGUUUGGGCAACAGUAAUGCUUAGCUUAUAUACAAAAGUUCAAGUCAAUAUACUAGGAAGGCAUCUAUACAUUGAUACUGCACGAAGCUUUGGAAGCUCCAAUUUAAUGGUGCAGGAAGGUGGAGAUGUAGUUGAUGGGGAGGACCAGCAGAAAUUUCUGGGAAGUGUUGAUUUUCUCUCUCAGCAUAGUAUGCCUGCCUUGAUUUCUGACAUGGAGGCGGCAACAAAAGAAGUUCUCCAAGGAAAGCAGUUGACUAGUCUCUUCAACAAUGCAACGUUUCAUGAAACGAUCACACAAAUACUGAACACCUUCAUGAGCAGGGGUAGCCCACAUUUCUGGUUAAAAUAUAUGAUUCCCGAUGACGUUAAAUUACACUCCACGACCUCGGGCAGUAGUGACAUAGUUCCAUUUGAUAUGAGUCAUAUGACAGAGUUCGAACAACUAAUUAUGGAAGCACGGGAAGUAUUAUCAAGUGCUGAAUUUGGGGGCAUUGUAGAGAUAUCUCUGAAAGCUGUGGUGGAUACACUGGCUGAGCUCAUGGGGACUACAGGCGUGCCGCUGGCCAGAAUAUUACCUCAAGUUGCACAGAUGUGUCCUUUGCUUGUCGAAGAACCUAGAAAAAAUCGGUUCAUCCAAGUCAUUAAAAAUAUACAAGAGGUUGAACUUUUUUUCACUUUCCUCUAUGCAAAUAUGCCAAGUGCAUAGUAGCGAUUAGUAUUUUUAUGUUUGAAUUGAAAGAAACCAAAUAGUUGAAAUUCAUUGCACAAAAGGCGUAAGACAGUGUACAUUAAAUCGAGGUUUCAAAAGAGAUAGUAAUAGGUAAAUUGUUAGCCUUCAUCUUUUUAAUGAAUAGUUAGUGUUUCAUAAUGCUCCUCCUUUUGCGUUUGGAGGAGUGGGAAUGGGAAAAUGACUUUUGGUUUUGUCAUCUAAUAUGUUCUUAUUAUUUCAAAGUGUGCGAGAGUUGUUCAA